UUAAACUCCCAAUUACCAUGAUCACCACCUCUUUUCAAUCAUCAAGUGGAUAUAAUAAACAGGGAAAAUAAAUUUCAAGUUCAUAUCCUCAAGCUAAUCAGUGACAGAGAGACACAAUAUUAACCUUGGACAAGUUGGUGAGAUAAAUGGUGAACGCAGUGAUCACAACAAUUUAAAUUGAUUGUCCUUCAUUCAGGUAAAAUCCUGUGGAAGAGAAAGAAAAAGUUAAUUAUCAACAUCAUUCAAUUGUAAUCUAGCGAUAUAAUAACAUAGGAGAUCACUAAUUGUGAAUCAGUUUAAAUUUUGUCUAUGAAACGACAACAACUUUUUGUUUUGUUUUGUUCCCUUUGUUUGUGUUUAUAGUAAAUUAGUUAAUCAAAUUGUUAUCAUUUGUGAUUAAUAGAAACAGAAAUACAACAAAAAAAAAAGAUGAAAGAUUCUUGUGAAAAACAAUUAACUGAAUUUCGAGAAAAAUUGUCAACUCAAAAUCGAACCAAGAAUUUAAAUCUUGACGAUAAAUUGUUAUUACGAUUUUUACGAUCUCGAGAUGGUGAUGUGUCCGAGUCAAUGUCCACUCUUCUUGCUUAUAUCGAUAUAAUUGAUAAACGAUCGGAUCUUUUUUCUUGGAGUGAGGAUAUUAAAAAGGUGGUCAAUUCUGGUGUUUAUGUCCAGUAUCCGGAGAGGACAUCAGAUGGAUGUGUGGUCAGUUUGGUGACACCAAGUAAAUGGAAUCCAAGUGACUAUUCAUAUAGUAUUUAUAUUAAAUUGGUCAUCUUUAUGAUUGAAAUGUCUCUUUUGGAUGAAGAGGUUCAGAAAAAUGGUUUCAUUGUGGUCAUCGAUAUGAGUGGAAUCCGAUGGACACACAUUUACCAUACUGGUGUUUCCGAUGCUAAAUUGUUUUCCGAUCUCACGGAACGUAUAUUACCUCGUAAAUUGGUUUCUCUUCAUUUUGUUAAUGCCAAUAAAUUACAAGACGCUGGUCUCAUGUUGUUCAGGCCAUUUAUGACUUCGUCCACCAAGAAAAUCAUGCACUUCCAUGGGAAAGAUUAUUCAACUUUACAUUCAUUUGUUUCACCAAAUCUUUUACCAGAAUCACUUGGAGGAUCAGCCAAAGAUUAUCCAACUUCAAUGUACAAUCAAUUGCUUGAGAAACACAAGGAAGAGGUGAUGCAAAUUUGGGAUCAAUUUAGAAAAAUCAAAAAUUGAAUCAAUCAAAUUAACAAGUAACAAAAAGAUAUUAUUUAAAAUUUAUCCAUAGGAAUUAAUUAGUGGGAUAAUUAACUCCUUCCAUCCAACCAUUGUUAUUGUAUUACUUUUUUAGAUCAAGGAUCAUUGGUUAAUCAUGAUUGUUAAUCAUUGACUUUUUCUUUUUAUAUUUACUCAAUGGUUAAAAUCUUCAAUUUGAUCUUCAAAAAUGGAUAUUAAUAAAACUUUUCACUUCUUUGAUAGAGUCCAAAAA